AUGCCAAGGACCUACAGGCGUAAGACCAGCUGGGGCUCAACACCCCUGGAGGAGAUGGAAAGGGCAGCGAGUGAAGUCAAGGGAGGAAAGUCCAUAAGAUCAGUGGCUAAAGAAAGACAAAUUGACAGGUCAACACUCAGGAGAUUUAUUAAAAAGAGGGACACACAGGAGGUCAAAUCAGUUGGCUAUAGUGGAACAGCUUCAGCAAAGAGAGUCUUCUCUGAGGAGGUGGAGAAGGAGCUAGCAGAGCAUAUCAAGAAGCUUGCAGAGCAGUUCCACGGCAUUUCCCCAAAGAAAUGCCGUGAACUUGCAUUAGAACUGGCAGACAGAAACAACAUUCCUACUCCCAGCAACUGGACAGAGAAAGGUUUAGCCGGUAAAGAAUGGUUCAAGAAUUUUUUGGCACGCCACCAUCUCUCUUGCCGUAUGCCUGAGGCAACAUCUUUGGGAAGAGCUACAGCCUUCAAUAAGACUACAGUUGGGGAGUUUUUUGACAAUCUGGCUAAAGUGAUCGACAGGUAUAAAUUUCCCCCAAACAUGAUUUUUAAUGUUGACGAAACAGGUGUAACAACAGUACAGACACCAAAGCAGGUAGUGGCAGAAAAAGGAAAAAAACAAGUGGGCUCCAUCACAUCUGCUGAAAGAGGCGAACUGGUGACUGUAGUCUGUGCUGUCAAUGCGACUGGUAACGCAGUCCCUCCGAUGUUUAUCUUCCCAAGGGUUAGAUACAAAGACCACUUCAUUGCAGGAGCACCUCCGGGAUCAAUUGGUACCACUACAAGAUCAGGCUGGAUCAGUGAAGAUGUCUUUGUUGUGUUCCUUGAACAUCUGGUUCAGCAGACCAAGUGCUCCCCUGACCUGCCACUGCUGCUAAUCAUGGAUAACCAUGAAGCCCACAUUUCACUGAAGGCUUUGGACCUAGCAAAAACAAGUGGUAUUGUAAUGCUCACAAUUCCACCCCACACUUCCCAUCGCCUUCAGCCUCUGGAUAAGUGUGUGUAUGGUCCAUUUAAAACCUAUUACAACAGAGCUCUUGAUGGCUGGAUGAGGUCCAACCCAGGCAAAACUGCCAGCAUAUACCAAGUUGCUGGUUGUGUGAAUGAUGCUUUUAUGUCAGCAAUGACACCACGAAAUAUCUCAUCGGGAUUUAGAGCCACUGGGAUUUUCCCUUACAACAGAGAUAUCUUCUCUGAUGCAGAGUUUGAGCCAUCCAUGGUGUCAGACAGGCCCAACCUGGAGCAGCAGCCUGCCGCUGAAGGUGUUGCACCUGUGGUUUCAGCCGCUCUUCCCACUGAUAUUCUACCCUUACCCAAAACUCAGCAGCCCAGGAAACAAACAAAUCGAAAGCGUUCGAAGACACGAAUCCUGACUGAUACACCUGAAAAGCAGGCAAUUGAGAGAGCCCAUGAAGAAAGAAAAAAUAAACUGAAAGGCAAAACAGAAAUAACCCACAAAAAGCAAGGAAUGCGGAAGAGGAAACAAACUAAGACAAAAAUUGCAGUGGAAAGCAGCUCUGAGGAGAGUGAUGUCCCCAUCCCAUUUGAAGACACUUCUGAGUAUGAGAGUUCCAGCGAUGAAAGAAGUGAACCAGAUGUCUCAGAUCUGGUAGUUGGUGACUUUGUCAUCGUAAGAUUUGCAUCGAAAUCCAGGAGCCACCAUUACAUUGGCCUGAUUGACAGCUUUGCAGACAACGAAGUGAGUGCCAGAUUUCUCAGAAGAAUCCGAGGGAUCACUGGCAGUAAGAAACCCACCUUUGUGUUCAAGGAAAAUGAUGAGGCAUCUUUCCCACGCAAUGAUGUGCUGAAGAAGCUACCUCAACCUCAACAGGCUGGAGGAACUGCAAGGAGGGAGCAACAGUUCAUAUUUCCCUGCAACCUUGAUAGUUGGAAAAUUGAAUAG